GUGAGAAAAAGGAGGGAGGGUGGCCGAAAACUAAGAGAGGAGAGCGAGAGACGAGGAAAGGAACAGAAAACCUGCAACACCUCAUCAGCUGUUUGUGCUGCUUGUCAACUCUUCUUUUACCAUGGCUACAACAUCCCAGGACUUAGACUAAGGAGGAAACAAAGACACGAGUGUGAGAGAGAAAGAGAGAGGAGAGAGAAAAAGAAAAAAAGCAAGAACCCUUCACUUCUAAGUCAAAAAGGAAGAGUGAGAGUGAAAGGAGAGAGAGGAAAGGUGGGCGAGAGGAGGAGUAGGCACCCUUUCCUUGAAGAAGUAAGCGUGCAAGGGGAAAAGGAGAGAGGAGGAAGGAGGGAGCGCACUCUACUGUGUGGACAUGGGGUUGUAUGCUGUUCUGUUGAUCUGUCUAUCCCAGGCACAGUUUGGGAGAAUUUGGGCGCAGGAGCGAACAGAUGAUACGUCACUGCGGAUAGAUGGGGGCUCGUCUGAGAUGGGCAGGAUCUACCGAGACCAGCAGCCCUCCAUCAAACAGGGUCAGAACCGAGCGGUACGCAACGCACUGGGGGGAGGACUGGACAUUGAUACCCUGCCCGACAACAUGACCCAUGUGGUGGAGGACUCUCAGAGGUACUACAGGUGGAGGAGUUAUGGGCCAGGAGACAGACGGAUGGAGGAACUCUGGGUAGACCUAAAUGCUGUGCAACAGAGCAAAGUCAGAGUGCACGGCAUCCUGUCCAACACACACCGGCAGGCAGCGCGUGUGGCUCUCUCCUUUGACUUCCCCUUCUAUGGACACUACCUGAGACAAAUCACCAUAGCAACAGGAGGGUUCAUCUUCACGGGGGAGAUCACGCAUCGCAUGCUGACAGCCACACAGUACAUCGCCCCCCUCAUGGCCAACUUUGACCCCAGUUUUUCAAAAAACUCAACAGUGCGGUACAUGGACAAUGGUGAGGUGUUUGUGGUGCAAUGGGACAAGGUGCGGCUUCAGGGGCGCGAGGCAGAGGGAACCUUCACCUUCCAGGCUGCUCUCCAUAACAAUGGAACAAUCGCAUUCAACUACAGAGAGGUUCCUUUGCCAGUAGAGAAGAUCAACUCCACUGAACACCCAGUGAAGGUGGGCCUGUCUGAUGCGUUCAUGGCCCUCCUCCCCUCUCCACAGUCCUCAGAUGCAAGACGGCGGACCAUCUAUGAGUACCAUAGAGUAGAGAUUGACACCACUAAGAUCAACAAUCACUCUGCCUUUGAAUUCACACCAUUGCCCACAUGUCUCCAACACACCACCUGUGAACUCUGUCUCAUAUCCAACCUGACAAAUGGCUGUGGUUGGUGCAACACACUGCAAAGAUGCUCCGAUGGAAUUGAUCGUCACAGACAGGAGUGGCUCGACUACAACUGUCCUGAAGAGGCAAAAGAGGGCACUUGUGAGGACUACACUCAGGGUGGCCCUGAGGGUUCUAUGGGGUCCUUCAACCACUCAGCCCCAGAGCCCACGCCCUCCCCUGCAGUGCUCUCAGAUAUCCCCGUCACCGAGGAUGACACCAAACUUUUCAUUCGCUACAAUGGUGGUGACUUGCAAACGGGUCCUCCGCACCAGGAACGGACAGAGCACACUGCGAUUAUUGCAGGUGUGGUGGCAGCCCUCAUUUUGCUGGUAGCCUUGACCCUUUUGGCUGUCUACUAUAUCAACACACACCCCACUGUUGCUCCUCCAUUCUACCUCAUGCAGCGACACACCAAUAACUACUGGCCAUCUAUGAAGUUCCACAACCAGAGCUGUCACUCCACCUAUGCUGAGGUGGAGCUUGGGGGUCACGAUAAGGAGGGCUUCAUUGAGGCCGAACAGUGCUGCUAACUAGGCUGGACUUCCGGGGCAACGUUGGACAAGAGAGUGAGCGCCAUUUUGGGGAUUAAUAAAAGGAACUAGAGGGGACAGAAAUGCAAAACGUCCCUUAUUCGUACUAUGGUGGACAAUGUGUAACUGCUUGUAGAGAACAGUACUUUGUCUGUUUUGUCUGUGUCUCUCGCUCUUCGCCUGUCUAAUACAUUCUUCCUCCUUCCCUUCCUUGAGGUAAGCACAAAUCUAACAUUAUUUGAUAGGUGAGCAAGAAGUCCACUACAUUGAUUUCACCAAUCAUAUCAUAUCAGAUCAGCGAUAACGUCAAGGAAGGAGGGCCUACAGUGCCUUCGGAAUGUAUUCAGACACUUUGGCUUUUUCCACAUUUUGUUACGUUACAGCCUGACUCUAAAAAUGGAUUUAAUUGUUUUGUGAAGACAUCAGAACUAUGAAAUAGCACAUAU